AUGAGAUCUGGGCACACUGAAAACUUUACUGCUCUGCCAGCCCACACAGACCCUUCGGAAAGCUGCGAGGAUGAAGAAUUCUUACAGUUGAAAUCCUAUCUCUCCGUCCUUUAUGGCCUGAUCUUCCUGGUGUGCUUCCCAGGGAACAUCAUGACAAUUUUUGUUUACUGUGUCAAGAUGAGGCCCUGGAAAAGCAGCACCAUCAUUAUGUUAAACCUGGCUGUCACUGACUUAUUAUAUAUUGCCACUCUUCCUUUCUUUAUAGUCUACUCUUCUAACGGAAAUGACUGGAUUUUUGGAGACUUCAUGUGCAAGUUUAUUCACCUGUGUUUCUACUUCAACUUGUACAGUGGUAUUAUCUUCCUUAGCUGCUUCAGCAUCUUCCGCUUUUUUGUAGUUGUCCACCCAAUCAAAUACUCUUUUGUUCAAAAACGGAGAUGGGCAGUGGUGACUUGCAUUAUAGUUUGGAUGAUUUCCAUGGCAACCGUCAGCCCCUUGAGUGUCUUGAUUGCUACAAGGCAUAAGCAGAACAGGACGAUCUGCCCGGACCUGGCUGCUGCUAAGGACAUUGACACUAGCCGGUGGUAUAACUGGCUGCUGACGAUGUUUGCCUUCUUCUUGCCCUUGUUGACGGUGACGCUGUGCUACGUGCUCAUUAUUUACGCCUUGGCUACUGGGCCGCACACGCGGGCUUGCUACAAACAAAAGGCUCGCAGACUCGCCGUUGUCCUCUUGGUGGUCUUCUAUGUGUGCUUCCUUCCCUUCCACAUCCUUAGGGGGAUUUGGCUGGAGCUCCGAGUACGACCGGUUAACUGCAACUUUAGGGACACGUUUCGUUUUAUGUUUAUUGUAGCUAAACCUUUAGCAGCGUUAAAUACUGUUGGAAACUUACUACUCUAUGUAGUAACGGGAGACAACUUCCAGCAGGCAAUCUUCUUGCUCCUCAAGUUUCGGACAAACAAGCACUUGAAGUAG